AUGGCCCUUGCUCUGCGCCUCUUCCUCCUGCUCCUCCUGGCCGUGGCCCUGUCUACCAGGGCUGCCCAGGCUGCUCCACUCCAAGCGCGGCGAGCAGAUGAGCAUACUAGGAAGGCUUCUUCAGCAGCUUGGCUUAAUGAAGAUUUCCAGGGUCUUAACCCUCCAGCAGGUGUGUCUGCAGGAAAGACUUUUCAGGCUCCUUUCCUGGUUGCUGCACACAAGCCCCGCUCCCAUGGCAGGGGUCCUCCGAGAGGGAGGAACAAACCUAGAGGAGACAGCAAGUCCCUGGAGGCAUCCAAACAGAUGGACAGGAUCUGGAGUGACCUGGAGAGACAACGUGACAUGGAAGGAGAGCCUGUGCUGAAGGCUGAGUUUCCCAGAGGAAGCAGUGGCUCCAUGGUAGCCUCUGCUGCAGGAAGGGAGGCGAUGCCAGGCACAGGCCCAGGAGAUUGGGAACGUGACUUCCAUCACUGGGAAACGCUGUUAAAGCACAGUUUAAGGAUGUUGGAGCUUGGUGAUGCUAACCCGGCUGGUGAAAGUGAUCUGGCUUCCCAACCCACGUCCAGGACUGAGCCUCGGGGAGAUGCUGAGGUGAUGGACCAAAAGGCAGGGCUGAAGGAGGUGUUUCCCCAAGGAAGCAGGGGCUCACUGGCAGCCCUAGCUGCAGGAAGGAAGGCGAUGCCAGAAACGGGCACAGGCACAGCAGAUGCAGCCGGCACCACAACACCUGUUCCUGAUGCCGAGGAUGGCCUGGGAAGGGGCUUCUAUAUGGGAACAGGCUGCUGGGCAGGGUUAAUGGCAGGCCUGCUUAUUUUGGACCUUAUUAUCAUAUUGUGCUGUGUCAAAAUCUGGUGUAACUGGAAGAAGAAACGGAGCACCUCUGGAACUUCACAAGUCCAGCCAAAUACCUCAGUCAUGGAGAACUUGGCCUGUCGUCGUGCAUCUCUGUGCCAGUGUCCAUUGUCCCUUCCACAGGUGUAUUACCAGCUUGUAGCUGGAAGUAUGCUACAAGCACUGCCUAGAACAGAUCCGUCUCUCCCUGAAGGGACUGGCCUAGCUGCCCAUCCAGGACAGGAGGUGCAGCCCUCUAGCCAGGGAAUAGAUUAUUCGCAAAGUUAUAUUUACUUGUAAAAAUAUUAGAUGUUUAUUAAAAACCUUAUUAGAAAUAUAACAGGACAGUGAAUAAAGACAAUGUUACUGUGCCGGGAGUAGAGGAUUUUUCCCACCACAUUCUCAUCCACACAAUGGAGGUUUCACCUUUCAACUCU